UGGACAUGGUUGCCAAAUCCACCAAACAAUACAGCCGGCACGGGUGGUUUGAGACCGGACAUUUAUUCACCGCAAGUGCGAAUCAGAAAGAAAAGGAACAACCAUGGGAACAACAAUGUCGGACGAUUGUUGGCGCACGCAUUAUAAAUGCACCAAUUGUGGACAUGUAUAUUUUACGCAUCAUAAUGCCCCAUGUAUGGCUUCGAAUCAUUUGCAUUAGAAUUCACAAACUGCACUUCAAGGAAUCAAGGAUGGUCAAAAACCCCAAACGGAUCGCCGUUUUCUUUCAACCGAAAAAUAAAACGAGAAAUAAUUUUGUGAAAUAAUAUAUUACUUUGAUGACUGAAUAAAUACACCUCAUUCGUCACUUGAUAAAA